ACUGUCAGGCCUUUUAGGGGAAAAGGAGUCUCGCUAGUCCGUGGUGUCACUCCUCGGAAUGAGGCUGGCCAGUUAGUUUUCUUUAAAAAAAAAAAAAAAAUUCUUCCACUCUAGGAGGACUCCAGCUGCAAAAUCAAGAAGCAGAGGACAGAGUUAGGCAUCCGAUUUUUCCCGGUCCUCCUGGAGGGGCUAGGCCUCUCAAGACCGCGUCCCCCAUUCUCAGAGGGUCCCCAGGCAGGCAGGGAUUCCCUGAAGCCGGUGCUCCGGUCUCCCGCCUCCUCAAGCCCUUCCCCUUCGUCCGGGAGGCGCCCUGGGAGCCUGCCGUCCGUCCGGCGCAGCCUCCUUUGGCACCGAGACCUCCAGGUGCCCAGCGCGAAGGCGGAGCCGGGCUGCCGCCGCCUCCCCGGCGCCGCGGACGAGACCCCCGGGAGUUUGGGCCCCCGCGCUGCGGCUCCGGCGUCCCCAGCCUCCCAGGCCCGCCACGCUCCCCCCUCUCUGCGUGAGCGGAGCUAAGCCUGCGACGCGCGAACACAGCGCAGCGCGCGGAGCCGAGGGGCGCGCGCCGGGCAGCUGCGCGGGCAGCGGAAUCUCGGCGCGGUCGGAGCCCGCGCUCCAGCUGCGGGCCCACGGACGCCCGCACCAUGGCUGCCGAGGGACCCGGCUCCGGCGCCCGGCUCUGGGCUGCGGCGCUGCUCCUUCUUGGCCUGCCGCGCCUCUCCACGCCGGCGAAUGGGAAGCUCUUCGUGCUAGAGUCUCAGAACGGCUCUCAGGGCCUGGCACUGGAGGCUGCGCGGCUUUCCUGCAGAAGCAGAGGUGCUCACCUGGUGUCUGCAGAUGAGCUGCGGAGGGUGGUCCAGGACUGCGCGUUGGCGGUGUGCACCACGGGCUGGCUGGCGGACGGCACCCUAGGGACAACUGUGUGCAGCGAGCGGAGGGGUGAGCAGCAAACCAUGCGAGCUGUGGAUGUGAGGGUGGAAAGCAGCCCCGUUCCUGGGGGCACGUACAAUGCGCUGUGUAUUAAGGAUGAAGAGAAGCCCUGUGGAGACCCGCCCUCGUUCCCACACACCAUCCUGCAGGGCCGCACCGGCUUGGAGAUGGGGGAUGAGUUGCUGUACGUGUGCGCCCCGGGCCAUGUGACCGGCCAGCGCGAACCGGCCUUCACCCUGCUGUGCGACAGCUGCGGGGAGUGGUACGGGCUGGUCCAGGCCUGCGGGAAAGAUGAGGCAGAGGUACAUAUUGACUAUGAAGAUAAUUUUCCUGAUGAUAGAUCGGUGUCAUUCAGAGAGCUCAUGGAGGACUCCCACACAGAGGCAGAGGAGGACAGGAGUCAGGGAGAACCCUCUGAGGAGGCUCCAAAACAGGACCGUCUGGUCUCUAUGCCUGUGGCAAGGGAAGACAGAGCCCAGGAUACAGCCUUUGUGCCAACCACAGGCCUGCUGGGCGCUGGGAGCCCUGUCCCCACAGAGCUUCCAGGAUCCCAAGGCAGUGGGAAGGACAUGCUCUGGUCUCCUGCUGGGACCUUCCACAAGCCUGAGUGGGAAAAGGCGAUGGAUGAUGACGCCAGAAAGCACCUUCCUGCUGGUGACCACCACAGGGGCAGCACGUUGGCCCCAGGGGAGCCGGAAACCAAGGUCAUCUACCCCAGCACUCAUGGCCCCUCGGGGCCCUCUGUGGGCAGGAAUGACAGCAGGGCCGGUGACGCCACGGUGAGCAGCAGCGAUGAGUCCUGGUUAGAUGGCUACCCUGUGACUGACGGGGCCUGGAGGCAGACAGAGGCAGGAGCGGAAGAAGAGGAGGACAAAGGGGAUGGAUCAGUAGGGAUGGAGGAAAGCAUGCUGAUCACACCCAGCCAGCCUGCCCUUGCGGAAAGGAAGCAGUCCAAGGGCUCCACCCUCACACCCAGUGAGGACGUGACUUCACUUCUUCCAUCUCAAACGCUAGACGGAGAAGCUUUGGCUCUCAGACCCACGAAUGUGUCUGAAACUGAGGGUCCCGGCAAAGGGGCUGGUGACUUGACGGGAAAUCAGUCAACCGUUCCCUGGAGAUAUGCCACAGAGAAGCCUCCCUCGUCCACCCUGCCCUAUGAACUCACCAGCUCUACCCUGGAGACUGAGACAACCGCCGUCCAGAAGAUGCCCAACCUUACUCCCUCAACUGUCGCGGCGGCCACCCAGACCCCACUGGAGACCACUGCCCCUGCUGUCCAGGAUACCUUCCCGUACCUGCUGUCGGAGGACUUUCUGGGACAGGAAGUCCCCGGCCCGGGUGCAAGCGAGCAGCUUCUCCCGACCUUGGAGCCCUGCGCUGGGGGCAAGUGUCCCAGCCUUGGCAGAGGCCCCAUCAUCGCCACGAUCGUCACAGUCCUGUGCCUGCUGCUGUUCCUGGCAGGCGUCGGGGGCGUGUGGGGCUACCGAAGUUGCCAGCACAAGAGCUCCGUGUACAAGCUGAAUGUUGGCCAGCGGCAGGCUCGGCACUACCAUCAGCAGAUCGAGAUGGAGAAGGUCUAGCCGCCUUGGGGUGGGGGGUUCCCCCAAAGCCCCUGGACAGGAAAAUAAACGGUGACCCAUGACAGUGAGAACCGCUGACAUUUCACGAGCGCAUGAAACGGGGGAGUAGGGCUGCUCUUCCUUCUCUCAGGUCUUUGUUUUCUAGGCUGAGCAGUGGGUCUGGAAGCAGCUGGCAGGGCAGGGAGGCUUGGGCGGGGUCAGGACACGUCAGCAGCCCCUGGACCACCUGUCCUGGGCCCUGUUGCCCUAAUCCCAGACCUAUGCUUUGGCCCUAAUUCCAGCUGGAGGUCAAAAUUCACCUCUUCAUCA